CACAACGGCCCAUGAGCGUCGCAUUCUCGGAGCCUACCAACCUCCACAUCACCGGCGAGCACAUCACCCAGCGCCGUGGAAACCGCCGUAGCCGAAGAGGGCAAGGAAAAACAAAGCCUACACGCCCAAUCUCACGUCUCGCCGGCGGCCGCCACCGUCACCACCAUGAUCAGCAUCCUCGCACAGGAGCGCCUCCUCGGAUUCGCCCUGGGCUCCGUCUCCAUGGGCGGCUUCGUCCUCCACCAGCGCCGCGCCAUCUACCGCUCCCUCGCCGAAGCCGACGGAUCGUCUUACUUCUACCAGCCUGGUGAGAUCAUCAGUCGAAAAAGUUCACCUGAACUGGCUCGUGUAUGGAACAAGGCGGUGGACGAGACUCUUGGACGACUUGUUGUAUACCUUAGCUCUCGUGGGUGGUGAUUCAAGCACCUUGUUGAACAUGACAGGUGAAGAAGUGCGCAGGGCGGCUUGUGACCGUUUUUACGCCGUUGUGCUCAAAUGCCAGGAAUGUACUCAACAUUUCUCUAUACCCUGAGUUGAACGCCUUUUGUAUUAAAAGGUUCUCCAAUGACCUAUUUAUUGCGAACAAAGUUGAUUUUGCUACACUGCACAUGUUCCCCAAACAAGGAUCUAGAUGUGACUUCAGGGUGAAUGCUCUAGGCCUGCUAAAGGGAUGGUUUCUCUUACUAUUAUAAAUAUACUAUAUUUAUCAUUG